GUACUGCUAGUACUGUUCUUUGUUUCGACACGCUGGUCACUGGUGGGAAAGUGCUCGUCCCGGAUCAGGCCUCAGGAGUUGUCAUUUCACGGUCUUGAAUCUUUUGCAAACAUUGAUCCUGGGCCUGCCUCACGUCCUGCAACGUUGCAAACAUGACGAACACCUCAGCCCUCACAGCCUUGCCACCCUAUGCAUCAAUAUCUAAGAGUCGCUUGUCAUCUCUCUAUUCUGACGUAUCUCGUCAGAAACGUUCCAACCCAUCUUCAUACGGAGCACACGUCGACUGGUGGCAAAACACACUUGAACUGCUUUCGUCCCAUGGAUGGAUAGAAACAUCGCCAGCUGACAUACACCCAACGGCGUCGUCACAGAGCAGCAAACUCAUCUUGACAGUCCAGAGGUCACUCGUCGACAAAUUGAGAGUGGAAGGAAUAGGAAAGCCAUUGGGCCUUGGCUCUACUAUAGUUGAGCUUUGCCGACAGAAGGCGCUUAUCCCUUGUUCACACUUUCUGACCUCCCAACAGUCUAUAUACGACGCGGGGUGGCUUCCAUGGCGGCUUGCGUCUUUCGUGAUCGGAAAGCCGUUAUGGUGGGCUCUUGAACAGCUGGAUAUUGUGCGCUCAGAAGACUCCUACUCCGAGGCUGAAGUUUGGAAGAGGAUAGAGGGCGACUACGUGCUACUUCACCUGGCUGAAGAAGUUGCCGAUGCUGUUCUACAACUCCAGAAGUCUCGAGAGGCUUCUCUUGGAGACAGGCUAUAUACUACUGAAUCAUUCCGGACACAGUUUGCAUCAAGAGCCUUGCCUGGCGUACAGCUUAGCGAUCAAGAUAUUCGCGUGCUCUUACGCUUCCUGGAACGCGAACGUCGACAGGUCGUGGUGGACAACGACCUUGUCAAGUUCCUUUCAGCAGGCGAAAAGGCUACUAUAUCACCGGUGGACAAAGGAAUAUUGGAACUCAAGGCAGCUGUUGGACGUUUGCAUGCACAAGUUGAUAGUAUUCAAGUGCAAGUUGAUGGGGCUGCUGAGAAAGCUUCAGCUGCUCUCCGUCUCCAGCGUAAACCUUUCGCACUUGCGCAAUUAAAGCAUAAGAAACAUCUCCACGAUCUGUUGUUGAAGCGAUUAGGGGCCCUUGAAAACCUAGAGUCGACACUCGUGCGUGUUGAAGGAGCUGCGGGUGACAUAGAGAUCAUGAAACUGUACGAGUCAUCCACGAAGACGCUUCAAGAGAUCUUAAGCCAUCCUUCUCUCGAACGGGAAAAGAUUGAUGAGACGAUGGAUGCCCUUGCUGCUUCGAACGCAGAAGCACGAGAAGUGGAUGAUGCCAUCCGAAUGGGAGAAGACAUAGUUACAGAGGGUUACGACAUAGCGGACGCUGAUAUCGAAGCCGAGCUCAACGCGCUGGUGAAAGACGCGGAGCACGAGAGGGAGAUUGAAAGGGAAAAGACGGUCCUGCAGGCACUGGAACGAGGUGUACCUACUGCCCCUCCGGAAUCGGCCAAAGAAAUCAAGGUUCGAGCAGUGGCAGUGCCUUACUGAGUACCUGAUUCGGCGAUGACACAAGUAUAUGGGUUGUUGUUGUUACACUAGAGUAUUAAUACGAGCAAUUGCAAGUAACUUAAACAGAUAUCGCAUUCACGCUCGUACCCGCACAUGACCCCUCUGCGGCUGAGACAUCCA